CCCUCCUCAGCCCUCAGCCCACCCAUCUGCCGACGCGGUGGGUGGCCGCUCCUGCCACCCCGGGAUCCCUGCCGCCGCCUUCUACCUGUCUCCAGGACUGGCGCCGAGGAUUGGCCACGUGUCGCAGAUGAUGGCCCUAAAGCGCAUCCGCAAGGAGCUCCACAAUUUGUCCCACGACCCCCCGGCCCAGUGCUCGGCAGGGCCUGUGGCCGACGAUUUGUUCCAUUGGCAGGCGACUAUAAUGGGGCCCAACGACAGCCCCUACCAGGGAGGGGUCUUCUUCCUAACGAUCCAGUUUCCGUCCGACUACCCCUACAGACCACCGAAGAUCGCAUUCACCACCCGAAUUUACCAUCCGAACAUUAGCAAAAACGGAAGCAUCUGUCUGGACAUCCUUAGAUCCGAGUGGUCGCCAGCGCUGACCAUUUCCAAAGUGUUGUUAUCCAUCUGUUCCAUGUUGUGCGACCCCAACCGAGAUGAUCCUUUGGUUCCGGAAAUCGCCAAGGUCUACUUAAAGGAUAGGGAGAAGUAUGACAGAAUAGCUCGACAAUGGACUCAGAAAUACGCCAUGUGAUUUCAAAAUACAUGAUAAUCCCAUCGUCUAAUAAACUUGUCAGUUCAGUAGGUUCUCUUUUGACUACUUUCUAUGAAGCGACGUCUCCCCAUCCUUCCGGGCACUUACUGCACACCUACCACGUCAGAGUGUGUGUG